AUGUUCACCAUAAGACUCCGACAAACUACAAUGAGUACAAAUGGAAGAACACGAUCUACGAGGACUAGGUCCUCUACUUUAGAUUCAACAACAACUCCCAAUCAAAGAUGUCAGUAUUUUCAUAAAUCUACUCAAACACCUACAUCUAAACUGUCAAUGCUUAUACCGUCUCAAUUAAAUUCAUUAUUACAAUCCGAUAAACAUAUCAAAUAUCAUUUCCAUAGUCUUGGUGGUGAUUUCAUAAGGUUAUCAUCAUAUCGUAAAUUUAAACAAUUAUUUACAGUUGGUGGAGGUUCAUUAAUUAAAGAAAUUGUAUUUGAUUUAUCAACUUUUUUAAAAAGAGAAUUAAAUGAUGAAAAAUCUGGAGUUCAUUUAGAAUUAAAAAAUUUUUUAACUUCAAAUAAUUCAAUUUUGAAAAAAAAGGAAAAAAUUUGGUGUUUAUGUGAUCAUCAAUUUGGUUUAAAAAAUUGGCUUUAUAUUAUAUUUGGUUAUAUGUUACAAACUUAUAAUGAAGAAGAAGUUCAUGAAUGUUUAGAUGAUAUUAUUCAAAUGUAUUUAAAUGCUAGAAAAAAUCGAUUAUCACCUGAUGAAAUAAGAAUAAUUAGAGAUGAAAGAGAUAUUUUUACAUUAAAUGCUUUUCAAAAUUAUAUUGAUAAUGUAAGGAUAAGAGAAGAUUUAUUAUAUGGAUCAUCAUCAAUGAGUAGAUUUGUUUCAUUUACUGAAGCAAAUAAUAAAAAAAUAUAUUUACCACCAUUACCAAGGAUUCAUAAUAGAGAAUUAUUAGUUAAAGCUUUAAUGCAUAAAGAAUUCUAUAGAGUAUUAUUGGAUCCAAGACAUAAAUUUGCCAAAACCAUGAAAUCAAAUAAUUAUGAUUUAUCACCAAGUGAAUAUGGAAUUGUUAGAAAAGAAAUUUCAUUCCUUGAUGGAUUAGGAGAUUUUUUUUUAGCUCAAGAAACUUCAAAAUUAAUUUAUGAUUUAUGUACAACCACAAGUACUGAAAAUUUAUCUUCAUUAAAUUUAAAUGUAAAUUCAACUACAUAUAAUCUUAUUAAAACAAUUUUAGCUACUAACACGCUUAUGUCAAAAUUAACAAAAUGUUAUAAUUUAUAUGAAGGUUUAAAUGAUCCAAUUAUAAACACUCGUAUUUCAGAUGAAUGGGUACCAUAUACAACACAAGGUAAAUUAGUAGAUGGAAAAGAUUUAAAUGAAGUAAGAAUUUAUGAAGAAGAAUUUUUAGGUGAUUUUUUUGAAAGUUAUAUGGCAGCUUUAUUAAUUGAACAACCAAAUAUUGCUAAAGCAUUUAUAAGAGAAAUUUAUAAAAGAUUAUUAUCUGUUAUAACUGAAACUUUACCACCUCAAGUUACUUAUCAAAAUUGGACAAUGAAUAUUUUAGGUAGAAACAUUUAUUGUAAAAAAGAAGUUGUUUGA